GGUAAACUGUGGUUUUAUGGUAUCGAGAGGGGAAAAAAGUUGGAAGGGAGUUUUGCCGGAGAAAACUUUGGGUCGAGUUUCGUCCUUUGCGUGGGGAAGACGAUCCCCGUUGCGUUUUCUCGAAGAUUCUCCAAAUAGCAAGCGAAACGGUCGACUCGCUCGAGUCGACUCACACCGAGUUUUGACACCUCUGUGACGUGAAAAUGCAGCGACUGCGAAGCAGAGGGACGUCGCUUCUGGGUUUCGCAAUUGUGCCUCAGCUGAAGAAAAAAACCCUAAAUUCAUGGGCUGCAAUCCAGGAUUCGUAUCUCUCGACCAAGGCGUUAUUCGAGAGCCACAGAGCCGUCUUUACAAUCGGAACUUCUAUAGCAUCAGUUGCUACAGCUUGGGCAGGUUACUCAAUACGCCAUUAUCAUGAAUCUAAAAUCGAUCAAAGGCUUCAAUCAAUUGAAAAUGCGAUGAAAAACAACCAUGAUCUCGAAAGAGGAGAACUGAAGAAGCUUGUUGAUCCAGCGGGUUCCAGGACUGCUUUUACAAUCGCUACCGCUGGAACCACUUUAAUCAUAGGGUAUGGAUUGGGUUGGCGAGGCGGGAUGUGGUAUGCAAAUAGGAAAUAUAGAAGGGAGCAAUUGAGAUUAGCGGGUCAGCUAAAACCGAGGAGCUGGCAAUUACUCGGGAGAAUAAAACCCCGAGGUUGGCCAUCAAAGCUCCUCAAGCGGCCUUUCCGGAGACACAGAACUUCCGAAAAUGAUCUCAAGACACCUGGGAAAACACAGAACCUUAUCUAGUACCUGUUCAAGAUACAAAGUGAUCAAUCAUGAAGUUGCGUUUUGAGUUUAGCCACAUCUAUUUGCAGCCUCUGGUUGAAAUCAUCAGUGACAUUGUUGGAAAAGAGCCGAACUUUCUUACUUGUUCCAGUUUUGUUUGGUCGAAGUGGAGGCUGAUUUGAUACAGAAAACAUAUUUAUAUUAUGAUUCAAGAUCGCAAAAGGAUGAGUUAUGUUCUUGUUCAAGAAUCAGAGGAACAGACCCUGCUCAUAUGAACAUGGGACGAGAAAAAUCAGCCCACUAUUUGUGAA